AUGGCUUCAAGACCGACUCACACCCGAACCGCCUCCACAAACCUGGCCGGCGGCUCAGGCCAGCGCGUGUUGGAAGGAAGGAAUGCCAUCAUCACAGGAGCAUCGAGGGGCAUCGGCGUAGAAAUCGCCCGCAACCUCGCCAGCAAAGGCUGCAACGUUGUCAUAAACUACACCUCCGACUCCUCGUCCAAGACCGCCGAAGACCUCGCCUCAGAACUCUCCGCCGAAUACGGCAUAAAAGCCAUCAGCGUACAAGCGAGCAUGGGCUCAGAAAACGGCCCCGCCCACCUCGUCGAAGUAACCAAGAACAACUUCCAGCACCCCAAGACGGGCAAGUUCCAACUCGACAUCAUCAUCAACAACGCGGGCGUCGCUGGAAACAACUACGUCGAAAACGUGGAUUGUGAGGACUUUGCGAGGCAGUUCAAUAUCAAUGUGCGGGGGCCGCUGCUGCUGGUCAAGGCUGCGACACAGUACUUGCCGAAUGACCGGUCUGGACGUAUCGUCAACCUCAGCUCUGUGAGUUCGAGCCUGGGAUACAAAGGCCAGUCUAUCUACGGUGGUACAAAGGCAGCGUUGGAGAGCAUGACGAGGACGUGGUCAAGGGAGUUGGCGGAGCGCUGCACGGUUAAUGCGAUUAAUCCUGGUCCUGUUGCUACGGAUAUGUACUGGAGUAAUGACGACGCGUUUAUUGCGCAGAACAAGCCGUUUAUCGAGAAUACGCCUCUUGCGGCGCCAAGGAAGGGUAUUGAUCCGGAGAGGAUCUAUGAGGCGUCGCAGGGUGCUGGUGGACGGCCGGGUUACAGUGAGGAGAUUGGAGGUGUAGUGGGGAUGUUGUGUUUGCCUGAGGCGGGGUGGACUACUGGAAGUGUUAUUUGCGCGAAUGGGGGUAUGAAGUUCAGCUUUUAG